AGAGGAGCAGAGUGAGCAAGGCGGAGCGGCAGUAUCUGAUCUCUUCUGGCUCUGUGGAUGCCGCUUUCUUACUGUCCAGUUUUAUCCUGAAGGGACUCACUAACAAGCAUCAUUGAAUGAUGCACGAUAUUAAACCUCAGCCACUCAGGUUUAUCACCUGUGGGCUCUAUGCAACCUUUGGGGAUUGAGAUUACAAAGCAGGGACGGAAAGGACCCCAAUGGAGCCACCGCUCACUGAGGAAUGGUCUCUUUCUAAAGGCCUCAUCCUAUUACCAGGAUAAUGCACACAUCCCCAGUGUGGUUCUCUGCAGACACCAUGAGCAACAUGACUGUGCUUGACACUGCUGACCCCUAUGACCUUGACAGGACCUCAGACAAGGCCAUUUACCCUGUCAGCUUCCAGGUUUCUUUGACAGGCUUCCUAGUUUUGGAGAUAGUUUUGGGCUUGAGCUCCAACCUGACUGUGCUUGUCCUCUACUGUAUGAAACAGAACCUGAUCAGCUCCGUCUCCAACAUCAUCACCAUGAACCUGCAUGUGGUGGAUGUGUUGGUGUGUAUAUGCUGUAUCCCGCUGACAGCCGUGGUGGUGUUCCUUCCUUUGGAGGCGGACACAGCCAUGAUCUGCUGUUUCCAUGAGGCCUGCGUCUCGUUUGCAAGUGUAGCGACUGCUUCAACCAUCCUGGCCAUCACUGUAGACCGCUAUGACAUCUUAGUGCGGCCGGCCAACCGUGUGCUUACAAUGGGCCGAGCUGUGGUUCUACUGGGAUCCAUCUGGGCUCUCUCCUUUUUCAGUUUCCUGGUUCCAUUUAUGGAAGUGGGAUUCUUCAUCAACUCUGAUUCAGAGUUUGUGAACCAGACUGCAGUUGUCACAGUGUCUCAUACUAAUGAGUAUUACACAGAGCUUGGUUUGUACUAUCACCUACUAGCACAGAUCCCUAUAUUCUUUUUUACAGCUUUAGUAAUGCUAGUGACUUACUACAAGAUCCUUCAGGCACUUAAUAUUCGCAUUGGAACACGCUUUCAGCAGAACCUUCCUAAAAAGAAGCAAAAGAGUAAAAACACUAUCUCUUUGAGCACUGCGACUCAAGUCGAGUCAACAGACGCGUCACAGAGCAGCACAGGAGUCCGGGCAGGUGGGACUGCACCUUUGGGCAUGCAAGCGUCAGUGUCCGUCAUCAUUGCAAUAAGACGAGCAGUCAAGCGACAUCGGGAGAGACGGGAGAGGCAGAGACGGGUCUUCAAGAUGUCUCUUCUCAUCAUCUCCACCUUCUUACUUUGCUGGACUCCAAUAACCGUGCUAAACACCAUCCUUCUCAGCACUGGGCCCAGUGAUUUAACUGUUCGCCUCCGCUUAGGCUUCCUGGUGAUGGCCUAUGGAACCACUAUCUUUCACCCCCUCCUCUAUGCCUUCACGCGACAGAAAUUCCAAAAAGUUUUGAAAAGCAAGAUGAAGAAGAGGAUGGUGUCUGUGGUAGAAGCUGACCCUACACCCAACAAUUUAGUCAUCCAUAACUCCUGGACUGACCCCAGGAGAAACAAGAAGGUCACCUUUAAGGACACGGAAGCCAGACAAAAGUGUCUAUGCUCUCAGGAUAUUGAGUAAUGGGAUUAAAGUUAACUUGUCAAUCAUGUAAAGUAAUUGGGAAUUUACCUUUUUUCACGGAACUGUGUUUGGGCUUCUUAAAAUGUAAUAAACUAUGAAUUCACUAUUUUUACAGAAACAAAACAAGUCUCACAAUA